AGUCGCCGGCGAAGCGACCCUACUCAGCCCGCGCGCCAGCCCGCGUCCCGCCAAAGUUCCGACUACGACCACCGCCGAUUCCCAGCCCCGAGAACCAAGUCUCCUAUGGACAAAACGCACUUGUGAGGAGCUCGCAACGAACUCAACGCACUAACUCAUCAACCCAAUAGCGUGAAGCCAGCUGGAAUACAGCAGGAUCCACCUGACACAUUCUGCUCGGUGUUUGACCCCCCCCCCCCCCCCCCCAUACGACCGUUCAAGUCUCGGGAAUCGGAACCGUGGAAAUCUGUCAACCUAUCAUCUGUCCCUCUGUUUUCCUCCACUUCCGAUUCGCAGAGGUCACCGGAGGACUCCAGAACCACCACGCAAUGCACCAAUUUAAUUAUCUCCAUAACAAAUUUUUCGUUCUCUUUUUAAAAAAAUAGAACUCGUACUCAGCACUUCACAGUUGGUCUGAGUUGCUUUGCCAUUGUCUCGUCCGUUUUUCCAAUUCAAGAACCACGCAAUUUAUAAACUUAUUUUAAUACGUGGAAAAUAUUCGCUAGCGAGGCUCACCGGAUUAGAAGUGUCCUGUUUCAUGAAAAAAUUCUAUGAGUUCUAUUCUAAUCAUUUCAUUUUAAGUUCUUUAGGAAGCAUGAUUAAAACAUUAAAUUAGCAUUAAACAAUGAAAUACAACUCCAACAUAAUCUAAAACCUUGUGGACCACUCGAGAGAAACCCAACUUCAGUGAAUAUCUGCGAGAAUAUCAACCCUCUGUGACGUCUUUCCGUGUUAUCACGAGGUUGAAACUUCGGACGAUACUCAAAUUAUUCCAGAAAUUCCAACUCUUUAAAACGUCAUCUUCAACACCAAGCUCAAAUGUCAGAGGAUUCCUUCAGGGCUCGAACUCUAGCAAAUUUUGUAGCGUGACACACUCCAGAACCUUGAAUUUCUCGUGAAUUUGUUACUCUUGAGCACCCUAGAAAAGCAUCGUGUCACUUGAAGAACUUUGAAUUUCUAGUAAAUUCGUUACUCUUGAGCACCCUAGAAAAUCAUCGUGUCACUUGAAGAACUAUGAAUUUCUCGUGAAUUCGUUACUCUUGAGCACCCUAGAAAAUCAUCGUGUCACUCGAAGAACUUUGAAUUUCUCGAGAAUUCGUUACUCUUCAGCACCUUAGAAGAUCAUCGUGUCACUCGAGGGCUGGAACUGGAAUCGAAACUGCGCGACGAAGAGACUCAAAAUAAAUCAGGAGAAGGACGGUGGGAAAUUCUCUGACAUGAUUGUGUGAGCGCGUGGCCGAAAGUAAGCGAUCCGGAGUGGAUAUCCGAUUUGACGUGCGGGGUUAGAGCGUGGCCGGUGGCUCGGGGAGAUUACUAGAGCGUAGCGCGGGAACCGGGUGGGGCGGCAUGGCUCCAGUGGCGCGGCACCCGCGGGAGCCCCGGGAGCACCCCAGCGGCGUUGGCGGGGGCGGCAGCGGCGUCGGUCGGCGGAGGCGCGACUCGUUGGCCGAGUACUCGCGCGUGGGGCGAGCCAUGUCCGAGGCAAGCUCGAGCAGCUCCGGCUCGGAGAACAGCAUCCGCGACGAGAUCAAAGCGGCGCGCAACUACGUGGACCCGUGGGACCUGGAGAACUACGUCUACCUCAAGCGGCAGUGCAGCGACUCCUCCGAGCCGGUCCUGUCCCUCGGCACCGGCGGCGACCACGAUUCCACCCACUCCGAGUUCUACUACGUCUCCAAGGCGCCACCCCCGAGGACCCCGAGACGCCCCGAGUCCCUCGCCGCCCCCGAGGGCGCCCUCUACGAACCGCCCUACGACCUCGCCCUCCGCAUGGAGAACCUCGAUCUGAGCCACGGGCGCAAGUCCCGCCGACAGUCCACCGUCUACAGCCACGCUUUCCCCUUCCCGGAGAAUCACAUGGAGCUUCAUGAUGGUGACUGCUGCGAUGUGGAGUUGAUGCAGAACCCUUACGCGCUUUCCGAAUUCCGGCACGUUGAGUACCCCCCGAUGCCCCCCUAUCUGGGGAGUCAGCGCCCUCAAUACCGGCACCCCCUCCCUCCACCACCGCAAAUCCCCGAUUCGCCACCCCCACCCCCGCUCUACAUCUACCAAAAGUCAAAAAUGAACAAAGCUCUCGUCCACCCGCGACCGCGCCGGAUUUCUCAGGCCAGCUCGCUGAGCAGCGGCGACGAUUACUGUUCGAGUAGCGACACGACGACGGGGACCUCGCUGCCUCUGCUGCCCGAGACGCGGAUCGGUAUGAGCACGUUCGGGCACAUGAAGAUCGACUACUCCUGGAAUUGGAACAAUUUGGACCGUUACAUAGCCCAGUACUGAGCUCCAAUCCCUAUUCCUAGUCGAAAUCCCACAAGUAGCGUCCAUACUCUGCCCAGGCGUGGCGUGCUAUGCGAUAUAUCCAUUGAUCUGUCAUUUAAACCUAUGGAAAAGGAUCGAUUAACAGGGUGUUUGCAGCCAAAACCUUAAUAAUCGAUUCUUUACUAUGGAUUCAAAUGGGGAAAUAUCGAGAGUCGAUCAUUCACGCCACGCCACUGACUCUGCCGUGCAAAGGAAGAAUGCCGCAUGGACAUUCGACACUUGCCAAAUUUUCUUCGAAUGCUGAUUUUGAGGAUAGUUAAGAAUAUUUUCUGUUCGAAUUUUCAAAUCAUGUAGAUUUAAUUGUGGAGAAAUUCUCUGAAAAUCUGGAGGGAAAAUACUCGCAGAUUUCCCUGGUGAUCCACAUUUCAUCGAAAGAAAUUUGGCAAUGUCUGGAGGCUCAUACGUCGUUUUUAGUCAGCACGGCAGUACUGCCGCACUAAGGAGGAACGCCGUAUAAACAUUUGAGAGUUGACAAAUUGCCCCGAAUAAAACAUGUAUUUUUGAAGAAAAUGAUGCGAACUUUUCUUUGAAAUUUUCAGAAGGUUAAGAUACAAUUGCGAACAAAACUAUCUGAAAAAAUCGCGGAACACUAUUCACAAUUGUCCCAGUAAGUUAAAUUUUAAUUGAAGAAAAUAUGGCAACGUCUAAAGGCUCAUUCGGCGCUCCUCCUUAGCACGGCAGUAAAGUGCGGUACCAAGUCGCUAUUUUCAUAGUUAUGUUGAAGUCAAAGCAACAGAUCGAUUUUUUUAUCACUCACAGCGCUUGGCUCAAAAUCAGUCGAUUUAACCAAAGCUAUUUACCAUUAAUAUUUUAAUCUUGUUGUUAUUUUCCGUCCUCUUUUAAAGAUUUUAUUCGGAAGCACAUGGGAGUACUUAAAAAGUUACUGCCAAAAUCCAGAAAAAGUGAGGAAUAAGAAGCUAUUGAAAUUCAUUUGGGGUGCGUCACCGAAAGGCAGCUUUUAACCUCUCGCGUUAACUACCAUUAAAUAAGUAGGUGGAGUUGGAAAUAUAUAGUUUAUGCGGGUUUUGAAGCUUAAUAAUGCCUUAAAAGCUUGGAGUAGACUGUUUUUUGAAAUAGGGGACAUUCAUUUUGACACUGCUAGCUCGAUGAAUUUGUUUUUCCUGAAUCUUUCGCUUUAAAGGUAAAUUCAAAAAUUGUGAUCGAAUCUAAGAGAGGUCUACCUGACACAGUUAAUUUUGCGUGAGUCGCCCUUCAAAACUUAAAUUUCCUAGCCUCAGCUAAGUGUGCAGUUACUGCUUCAAAUUUCUGAGCAGUGACGCGAUAGUGUCCCCUUUUUAUUGUACUAGUGGAACACUCAUUGAUUUUAUAUCCUGUGUGGCAAGCUUAGAGGUGAUAUUGUUCUUGACACGCCGCAGUUUAGAUAUAAGUUUCAACCUACGUAUAUUAUAACUUAAUAAGUUUCUGUAAUCAACAACCAAAGGUGUAUUUGUUAUUAUUUAUGUAAAUAAAAUAAAUUUAAACCAAAAAA